AUGGCGGCGCGGCCGCCCCUGCCCGACUCGGUGCUGGUGCAGGUCUUGGCGCUGCUGCCGCUGCGGGACCGGCUGCGAGCGGCCAGGGUGUGCCGGCGGUGGCAGCAGCUGGCGCAGGACCGAGCGGUCUGGACACAUGUGGAUUUGAGCCCUCACCGGAUCACCCGCCGCACGCUGUGGCACCUGGUGCGGCACCGCCUCCCCGACAGCCUGUGCACGCUGCGGAUGCGGGGCGUGCCUCGCUCGGGCGGCAAGCAGCGGCUCCUCUCACCGGCACUGCUGGCUGCCCUUCGGAAGCGCUGCCCCCAGCUCCAUCGGCUGUGCCUGACCGAGACUGAUCUCCGCCAUGUCCCGUACGAGAGCAUGCCCGCCUCUGUCACCACCCUGGAGCUGAGCCUCUGCGACAUCCCCGAUGCCUGGUUCUGCGUCUCCCCUUCGGUGCCACCGCCACAGGUACAACACCUCGCUAUCCACAGCAUUCCCACCUUUUCUGACCAUCAUCUUCUUGACAUUUCCUCCCAGAACCACUUGAAGACGCUGAGCCUUUGUGGCACCUACCGCGUCACUGAUAUGGGGAUCCAGGCGGCAGCUCCACACUUGGAAGAGCUUGAGCGCCUGAUUCUACGGCACUGCAUCAUCGGUGAUGCUGCCAUGGUGUUCAUCGGGCGCCACAUGAAGCAGCUCCGCUACCUGGAAAUCAGCAAUGCCUACUUCCUGACAAACAGGGGGCUGGUUGCUAUUGUCACACUGGAGCACCUGGAGACCCUGUGCCUUGACCUCUAUGAUUUGGUCUCCCUUGGUACUGUUAUCGCUUUGUUGCAAGUACUGCCUCGCCUGAACCACCUCAAAUUAGGUGGAACUUGCUUUGAAGAUGAACUCCUAGGUAAAAUUCAGGAGAAUUUUCCACAUUGCACCAUAUCUCACACUCUGUGACCACCUGAAGUUCUAUCCUUCCUUAGUACACCUGAAGUGCUCCUUUUUUUGGAAAAGCCUGUUUUCCUGUAGCUUUGGGACAGAACUCCCAGUGUUACGUUUUUUCACAUAAAUAUGUUAAAGAGCU